GAUUUUGUAGUAGAUUUUUAAUUUUUAGACAUAGUUUACUUCUUUUUUCAUUAUUUUAUAUUUUUUUUAUCAUUUGAUCAUGGAACAUCUUUAGUCGUGAAAGAUGUGGAUGCAAAUGAACUAACCUUAACAAUAUGUGAAAGUUUGGGAUUUUUAUGUUGAACUAUAUUUAGCUGUACAACGUUUGUGAUUUUAUAUUUUUUAUUACUCAUUGAAACUCAUCAUUAUUUGAUUGGUAUACUAUUAAUGCAAAGUAUAGGUUAUGCAGAUUGUCUGCAGAGUAAUGUAAUGAAUAGCUGUGGGAACUCUAAUAUUAGCACGAAGCUACGUGGAUCUAAGUGCUCGGAGAUACAGGAAGAAUCUAUUGGUAAUAAUCGUGCUGGAGUGUUAGAAAAAGGAGACAUAAAUGUUUUAAGUGGUUAUAAUGCAAAUGAUUUCAAUGCUCCAAGAGGUACAUUGGUUAUUUGUCAAAGAAAUACAAACAGUUAUUCUUCUGAGCAUAGCUUCCCCAGAUUCAAACCAAGAAUUGGUGCCGUUCCACGCAAUGAAUUUCGAAUGGCUCGUGGAGGCAGCUCUGGAGAUCGUACCAGAGGUACAUUACGGGGUAGAGCCUUUAAAAAAACACCCAUUGAUCGAGACUCAAAUGCUGAAACCAGUUAUUAUCCUACAACUAGACCAAAAUUUCAAGAAUCGCUGAAAAACCAAGAAAAUGCACAGGGAAAAUACUACGAUGAUAAAAGAAUAUAUGAAGAUUCAAGAAUUUCUAAACUUUUGAGGCGAUUGUGUCGGGAAGAUGAUUAUGAUCAUUUUAUGGUGUUAUGUAAACAAGCGCAAGAAGGUAUAAUUGCAGCUGAAAAUCAAAGGUAUAUACGACGAAAUUUGGAUGUUAUUUGUGAAAGUCUAUUGGAUUUAUUACACACUGGUCCUGGACCAGAAGCGAAACAACAGGUUGCAAAGUGUUUAGGUCGUAUUGGGUAUGCUGCUGAACAAGAUUUUAAACGAUACAUGGAUUGGGUAUUCAAUAAAUGUUCAAUGGAAAGAAAGGACGACAUAAAGUGCCUUUUAAUUAAAUCAUUUAUCGAAGCUUUUAAAUUGGAUGUAGAAUCUCCAAGGCUAAAAGAAUUUUCAGUGUUAAUGAUGUCACAGCUACAGUCAACUCUAGAGAAUGUCGACCGUUCUGACUUACUGGUAGCAACAGUGGAUGCUAUAUUGCUAAUCAUGGAAUCUUAUCCAGAAACGUUUUCAAACCAUUUUCGUGAUACAGUUGACAUAUUAGUGGGCUGGCAUAUCGAUUCGACGCAACAAAAGGCUAUUGCAACUUAUGCUAGUCGUAGCUUGCAAAGAUUACGAACAUUUUGGAUAGCUGAUCUACAAUUUACUUUAACAUUAUUGGGACAGUUUUUAGAAGACAUGGAAAGUUAUGACGAGGAAUUAUCUUUACCAGAGUCUGGUAGAAGUUCACCUGGAGACGAAACGUCUCCAACACCCAAAGAAUGUAUUCGUCGCAUUACGUCCUUGAUCUCGGUAUUCAAUACAGUCACGAAAAGUAUAUCCGAGCAUUUGAAUCCUAAUCUUACACCGAACGUUCAGUGGUCAUUUCUAUCCGAGUGUUUGUCAAAAAUGCUGAAAACAGUCGUGAAAGCGAUCGAAUUGGACGAUGACGCAGAAAUUUUGCUUACAAAUUUCGCACUUACGUCUGAAGGUGCCGAUGAACUACUGAAGCAUAUUAAAAACGUAAGCAUUAUACCUACAAAAAACUCGAACAAGUCGGAAUUGAACGAAGAUGACAUCGUUAGUAUGUUCAAGUCAUUAAACCUUAAUAAGAAUGAUUUAAAAAAUUUGAAACAUAACAUCAAGAAAGAGACUUCGUUAAAAGAAAGGGAAUCGUUGUUAAACGUUGUACGAUGGAUGGAACUGAAAGCCAAAAAGAGCUUGGAUUUGACUGAAGAAAAAGAGGAAUUAAUAAUAGUCGCUAAUGAAUGCGCAUUUUUAUUGUUAGGCUAUCUUCAAAGCCGUAUAACGAAAAAUCACGAAUUACUUUACAAAUUUAUCGAUCUUCAGUUAAAAAGAGUAAACGUCUUUUGGGAUGACACAAUAAUUUCUAUGCUGAAUACCAUCUCGAAAAUAAUAAAGGAAGUCUCCGCGAACCUUCCGUUGGAACUAGUGCACAAAUUGCUUGGAAAAGAUUCUGCGUUACUUAAAUUAAGGUUUCGCGAUUCAAUUUCUAUUCAGAACGCCAGUCUAGGAGUAUAUCACAGUCUGCUUAGCUUAAAAAAUAUUCCACUGCUACAGGAAUCAUAUCGCUAUAUAUUGUCCGAUUUAGAAAUUGCUUAUAAACUUAUUUUAUCAGAUAUUGAAAACUUAGUAGCAGACAAUCCGUUACUUGACGACAUAAAAUAUAAAAAAAACGACGCGGAAAUUGUGGUGAUUUUUUUAUUGAGAGCUCUUUCCGAUAUAGCAAACGCGAGUAAUUCAAUCAUUGGUAUGUGGGCAUUAAAACCAAGCAUCUUGGAAUUGUUGGCAGUCAAGUUGAAACCUUAUGACAGUAGUUUAUCAGCCUCCAGUCCAUUAUUGCAAUAUAGUAUUUUGUAUUUGUUAUAUGCUCAUUGUUCCAGGUACAAUCAUUUUGUACCAAGUUCAAGCUUAAUAACUGGAACUACUGCUUGUCGUCCCAUAGAUAUGUUUCCUGGCGCGUUAGAUGUUCCAACAACAUCACCUACUAGUGGUCAUCUUUCUAUAAUUCUCAAUCUGAUAGCUAAAAGUUAUAACGAACAUACACCUGAGCAAACAUUGUUGCUUUUAUCAACGUGGAUGCAAGAAAUUUGUAUACAAUCAGAAAACUAUAUCGGUAUCUUAAGUAAAACAAAAGAAUAUGAGAACGUUCUAUCAAGUCUAGUUACUUGUGGAGCUACUAUCGAUCGAGACAUUUCUAUUGCUGUUUGUAAUCUCUUCGAGAUAUUAAUGAGUGCAAGAAAUGUUACAUGGAAAGAAGAAAUUUACAUGUACAUAGUGGAUUUGGUAACGUUACAUUUAACUUCGCGAGAUGAAGUUGUGCGAGAAAAGUAUGGCUCGCUAUUGACACGUAUACCCCUAAAUAUAGUAAUACCAAAACUCAACAAGGAACGCGUAUUGUCGGAAACAAAGAAAUAUCAGACUAUUAAGAGUUACUCGACCGAGUCCUUAAUUCUUGCUCAAAGAUUACAUAUGCGGGGAAACAACAACGGAGAAAUGCAAGCUCAACACUUCAAAACAUAUAUGGCUUUUUUAUUGCAAGAACAGUAUCUAGAUGCUUCUGGAUUAUCAGAAAUAUUCACAUUAUGCUGUCCAAUUUUGUCCGAAAACGAAACGACAAGAAAGAUGUAUCGAUUGGCACUGGCAAAUCAAUCCUUUUUAUAUUUUUGGGCCGGAUUUGAGGCAGCUCAACACUGUGUAAUCAACAAACUACGAACCUCAUUAGGAAAACCGCAGGAAACAUUUACAUCAAUCGAAAGUGCUCUGAAAACCCUGGCUCGUGAGAUAUCGUAUAGCUUGGAGGUAACCAAGAAAGAAAAACGAAGUUUGGAUCAUCUACUAAGCGAACAUACCCGCGUUCGAUUAUUUAUCGAAUUCCUUGAACAUCUUGAAAGAGUGAUACACAAUGCGGCUGAGGGUUGUGCGAUUGCCUUGCUGCCUUUAUCGAAACCAGUUAGGACCUUUUUUCACACGAAUAAAUCGACUUGCAAGGAAUGGUUAAAUCGUAUUCGAUUAGCAUUGUGUGUAGUAUCAUUGCAUUCUGGUCUGGCUAGUAGCGCGUUAAGAAAUAGUCAAAGAUUGUUAGAAGAUCUAAGCAACAGUGAUAACACGCAGGGUAUCGAAUUCGAAAGGGCCACGCUUUGUACAGCACAAGCGAUGGUGAUGCUGGGUGAAGCUGAAGCAUUACAAGGACUUUACGUUUAUACUAAAGAAAAAGAUAGAAAAUUUCCAUGGCUGAAAGCCGCGAUGGAAGAAGCUGCGAAUCACUAUGAAUCCGCUGCCGAAGCGUACAAGUUAAUUAUUGAUGAGUAUACGCGUUCUGUGAAUAAUCGACCGAAAAAAGAUUUGGAACAAGAAGAAGAGGGAGAGGACGAAGGUGACGGAACUGGUACUAGCUGCGGCAGUGGCGUUGAAGGUAUUAACGCCAAUGAGGAACUUUCCUCCGACACUAAAGGCAAACGCAUAAAACCAGAGGGAGACAAUCAAGUGCUUAGCUUUUGUAUGCAACGAUUAUCUCAUUGUUAUGAAGCGGUCACCGAUUGGACUCAGUUAGAAGCCUGGAAACAGCAGGAAGUUGAAAUUCUUGCACGCGACAAAAGCAUUACACUUAGAAAGCAUUUUCCAUCAGAAACCGGUGCCUACCGACAAGCAAAAUGUUUAAAAAACUUCGAAAACGGAGAAGCUAUACCUCUAGAUUACCUGACCGAUUGGAAUUUAUUGGAAGAUGAAACUGGAAAGCCAGGCAAUUGGAGUUGUGCGAAAACCUUAGUCGAAUGUAGUAACACGUUAAGUAAUAUCGCAUUCAGGAUUUAUCUGAACGAUUACAAAGAUCAUUUCGAAGAAGAGAUCGAACGAUGUCGAAAAGUAGCAGCUAAAAUUAUGGAAGAAGGUCUAAGAAACGUGCCUUCGGAAUAUCUAAAUGAAUCGGUAUUGGUACGAUUUUCGGCUGACGGAUUAAAGAGCUUAUUAUCUGACCGAGAAGAAAACGUGUUUGAAUUGUACAAGAGCGAGAAAGUCGAUCAUAUGGAUUCAAGUGUUUUAACGCGAACUCUCUGGUGGUCAGAAUAUUUUGGUAGAGUAAGAAAGAAGGACUCUAAACCGAUGUUAAACAGUAAUGACGUCGCCGACCUACGACUACAUAUUGUUCGUACUGCUAGAAAGGAAGGUAACUUUGAACUAGCGAAACGCGAACUCUUGAAUUACUUAAAAUCCGAACGAGACCUGUGCUGGUUUGAAGAAAAAGGAGCAGAACGGAAUAAUCGCGUCGAACUCAAUUUCGAUCAAGUAACCGAAGACAUCCUGAAGAACGUGGUACGCGUGAAGUGGUCGAAGAACAAUAUACGAGCAUUCCGAGAGUACUCAAAAUUAUUAUACGACAUGGAACGAACCAACAAAGCAAUGAAGGUGUGUAGCGCAACCGCACUUGGAAUAUCGCGUGCGAUCGUCGAAGGAGAACAAUCGUCUGACUUACGGGAGUACGGUACAAUUCUUCUUCUCACUCUCGGAAAAUGGAUACAACAAGAGGCUGGUAGUGUCGAAAAUGGCCAGUUAGAACAAUUGCUCGAUUUUGAGGCUGCUCACAACGACGGCUUGAUGAACAAAUUAUUCGGACCUACCACAAGUUCAAUACCCGAGUCGGAUAUGAUAAUCGGGAGAUUAACGCAGCUCGGUGUGAACCAAUGCCCCGAUUUACCGUUCGCCUGGUACAGCUUUGCCAGUUGGUGCUAUAAAUGGGGAAGAAAGAUCGUAGAUAAUUCGAAUUCGGGUCAGCUUACCGACACCGACAGAAAGACCAUACAGGAAUUGCUACCGUUUGACACAGACGAAACCGACUUAAACGCUAUCUUUUCAAUUUUGUCACAGUUCAGAACGAUUCCAGAAGAUGAAAGCGACAUCGCGGACACAUCUAAUGACGUGAAUACCUCCGACAUGGUAGAAAAUCAAUUACGCAGCAUUCCUAUAUUAAGCAGUGCGAGUGCCGAUCGCCUUGGAAUGCUCGUCGACAUUUGGAGACAGGCACAGAAAAGAGUUUACUCGUAUUAUGAACUUUCCGCGAAUGCGUAUUUCAAAUAUCUGCAGCUAGCUGCGAUCAAAGAUGCUAAUGACUGCGUUACUAUCACAGCUACGCUUAGAUUAUUACGAUUAGUCGUGAAGCAUGCUCUUGAAUUACAGAACGUACUGGAGUCUGGACUUUCGUCCACCCCCACAGCGCCGUGGAAAGAAAUAAUACCACAAUUAUUUUCGCGACUUAGCCAUCCAGAGUCUUACGUGCGAACACGAGUCUCCGAGUUGUUGUGUCGAGUUGCAGAGAAUUCUCCACAUUUGAUCACGUUCCCGGCGGUGGUCGGAGCAGUCUCUGGUCAAAAGAAAAAUUGCGACAAGGUCCUCUAUGAGAAAGCUGAGACCGAUUCUUCUCAAAAUGAUUUAGAUUUCAUCGAAGAGGAAGAAGACGUUGGUGGUACCGAUAAUUCCUCCGCUACUGUCUACCAAGAUGAACAGGAGAAGUUUAUGGAUUGUUGUUUCACGCAGUUAGUAGAUUGCUUAUCGAAUCGAAUUCAAGACUCUAUCGAGCAGGUAAAGAUACUGGUGAAGGAGUUGCGACGAAUCACACUCUUGUGGGACGAACUGUGGUUGGCUACUUUGUGCCAACAUCACACCGAAAUCUCCAAGCGAUUCGAACAAUUGGAAAUGGAGGUGCAAAAAGUACAGGACAAUAUCUGGUUGAGUGUCGAAGAGAAGGAUAAAUUGAUUGCCGAGAAGCACAGGAUUAUACUGAAACCGAUAGUGUUUAUACUGGAGAAUUUGUCGGCUAUGACUUCUGUACCAGCCGAAACGCCACACGAGAAAAACUUUCAGGAGAAAUUUGGUCCUUCGAUAGAGGAAGCCAUAAACAAAUUGAACAAUCCAAAGAAUCCUGCAAAACCACAGAUCGCGAGUAUGUGUUUAAAGCAGUUGGAAAGCAAGCUUGCCCAACGAGUGCAUAGACGUGCAACUUAUUCUCUCUCUAUGAACGACAUCAGCCCGGUGUUGGCUAACUUGAAAAAUACAUGCAUCGCCAUGCCAGGUGUUGCUGCUAAUGAUAAUAAAAUCAUUACUAUCCAAUCCGUCGACAACAAUGUUCAGAUAUUGCCAACAAAGACAAAACCAAAAAAAUUGAUUUUCCACGGUUCUGACGGACACGUGUACACGUAUCUGUUUAAAGGAUUAGAAGAUCUUCAUUUGGACGAAAGAAUUAUGCAGUUCUUGAGCAUAUGUAACACUAUGAUGUCAAAGAAAGUCGACUCGAAAAAGGUGUACAGGGCUCGUCAUUAUUCGGUCAUACCGUUAGGUCCACGGUCCGGUUUGAUACAAUGGGUUGACGGGGUUACACCUUUGUUCGUACUUUAUAAGAGGUGGCAACAAAGGGAAAGCGCUAUGCAAAAUAAGACUGGUAGCUCGGCGAUAUUACGGCCUUCCGAGCUUUUUUACAACAAAUUAACACCUUUGUUGAAAGAACGAGGAAUCAGUUUGGAGAAUAGAAAAGAAUGGCCAAUUCAGAUUUUAAAACAAGUGUUGGCCGAGUUAAUGGCCGAAACACCAAAGGAUUUAUUAGCAAAAGAAAUUUGGUGUAACAGUAUAAAUGCUGGCAGUUGGUGGCAAGCAACCAAAAAUUAUUCAUACUCAGUUGCUGUAAUGUCGAUCAUCGGAUACAUCAUUGGCUUAGGUGAUAGGCACUUGGACAAUGUGCUGGUUGAUUUGAACACAGGCGAGGUGGUACACAUUGAUUACAACGUUUGCUUCGAAAAAGGCAAAACAUUACGAGUACCAGAGAAGGUGCCGUUCAGAAUGACUCCAAACAUAAAAACAGCGUUAGGAGUGACCGGUGUUGAAGGUAUAUUUCGUCUGGCAUGUGAGAAUACUCUUCGAGUAAUGCGUAGAGGACGUGAAACAUUGCUGACUUUGCUCGAAGCGUUUAUUUAUGACCCGCUAGUUGAUUGGAGAGCGGGUGCAGAUAAUAGCAUCGCGAGUUAUGGAGCAUGUCAGGCCAGAGCAAGAUGCACUGGUAUUGGAAGAAAACAGUUAGAGCAAGAAUUGACGCGAGCGAUGUUCGCCGUUCGAACUACCGAAAUGCGUGCUGAAUGGUUGGCAAAUAGGGAUGAAUUGAUCAAGAUCUUUCCGUCGCUGUGUCAUCACUUAAAUUGCUGGGUCGAAGCAACUGAUGCUACGCGCCAAUGUCAGGAUUUACUGCAAGACAGACAUCAGCAGCUUGCGUUGGUCAAGGAAGCACAGGCAAUGGGACGUAAUCAUCCUUUAUACUCUGUUAUCAAACGUUAUAAUUCCUUCAAACGGGCACGCGAUGCUCACGAGAAAGCGAAAGCUGGAUUAAAAGAAAAAAUAGACGAUUGCGAAAAACAAAUUAAUAUGCACAAUAUGGCACUCUCGGCGGUACGGGGUCCUCAAUUGGGACAGUGGUUAGCAGAAUUGGAAACAUCUACGAAUCAGGAAGAUCACGUCGUAUUUGAUCUCGUUAAAGAGUUUUUACAGAAUGCUGGUCAAAGUAAUAUGAUCCUUCAGUGUGAACAAUCAGAAAACGAACUGACUCAGUUGGCUACGCAACAAUCUAUUUUAAUACAAAAUUGUUUGGAUCUUUUGAGUCAAUAUUCGGCGAUUUGCAGCCUUUAUCCGUUGAGUAGCAUGUCGCAACAUCGUACAGUACGUUAUCACGGUUGGGCUAAUCAGUUGUUAAAUUCGGGAAACGUCGAAACAUGCUGCGAAGUUAUGGCACAAUUUGAAAAUACCUUCGAUCGAAUAAAGAGUUCGAACAAUCAACAAGUACAGCAGAUAAUAACAUUUUCCUAUCAAAUGCAAGCAAUUCUGAACGAAGCGAACGAAAGAUUGAAAAAGGCUUAUGAAAGAAUGUUCUCGGAGGGUUUACCAGAAUCAAUUACUAGAAUAGAGAAAGCGUACACAGAGUCAAAAUUGCAGAUUCAAAACUUUUUGAGAAGAGAAAAGGGAGCGGAAAGGGCACUAGAAUGUGUUAACAUAACUGCUCUGUGUGCUCUGAAUAAGAGAUACUUGAUGAUGGAAGGUGCUGCCAAGUGUGCAGGGGAUUGUUUAGUCGAUCUCACGUCUAGAGAAGGAGAUUGGUUUUUGGAUGAAAUGCGUCUGAUGUCUUCAUUAAUAGCUGAGUUGGUCAGCUUGAUCCCAGAUUGUCACAAAACUAACAACGAUCCCAAAAUAUCUCUCAUACUGAAAUGUUUGAGAGGCUCCGAUUGUAUCUACAAAGGGUUGCAAGAAUUGAAUUAUAAUUUCCACACCAUUAUCCUACCCGAAGCGAUGAAGACCAUCAUAACAGAAGAGCCAACCGUGAUCAGAAUGAUCGGUGAACUAACCGAGAUAAUCGUCUCGCCUGGUAUACCACUCGGAGAUAUCUUAGGACAACUGGAGAUGCAUUUAAGAUUCACCGUCAUGGAGAUGGAAAGUCCUCAUGCGGUGAUACAGAGCGUCGUGAAUAACAUGAGAUUACGAUUUGAGGCGUUACUGUCUCGGCCUGCCGAGAUUCAAGAACCGAAUCAGGACGAGGCUUUGACUCCAGGCCAAAUGCUUUUAAUGGGUUUCAAUGGAUUAUUCGAAAAACUCCAGAUGGAAGGUAAUGCAUUGAUUGCUACCUUGAGUACUCUUGAUAUUCCACCUUCUUGGCGCAAAAUCGACCAAAUUCGGGAAGCUAAAGAAAUGUCCGCGCCAAUCUUCAAUAAAACAGCUUGUCAAGUUUUAGAAGAUAUGUUUCUGGUCAAGCGAUUGCAUACCAUACAAGAGUUUUUCAUGAUGUGCAGAGACAUUGCGACCGCUUUUAAAGGUGGUUUAGCGAAUGUUUACGACGACGAACGAUUAAACAAACCGAUAAGAAUAUUUACGGCGGAUUACGUAUCGAGACAGUUGCUCGGGGUAACCUCUCAAACGCUUGCUAUUGGACUUUGCUUUUUACUACAGAGAAUGGGACUGAGCGUUACCACCGAGAUCGAACAGAGAGAUAUCGGAGCUGAAAGUAAAGUUUCGAUAGAGGAAUUGUGUAGGAAGGUAGUGGAUCUCUGCAUGAAGAGAGGUCUAUUCUCAGGAUCGGUUUUGGCUCAAGCGAGUGCACUUAGUAGCACUCUUGAAAGCGCCUGGCGAAGGAAGCAGAGCGCCAGAUUUACACAACAGUGUGUUGAAGUAACAAGAGCCAGUAUGGAGAGACUUCAAUUGCAACUAACUGCUCAUCAUUGGUUACACGAAGACAGCUUACUGAUGAGAACAAAUCUCAAUUUAUUGAAUCCUUUAAAUCGUUCCGCGUUUAUGCUGGAAUUACGAAAAACUGCUGCAGCGCUAACUGGUUUACAGUCUCGAGUAUGCGAAGCACGUGAACAACAACAAAAUCUUGUUUCUAGCGCGGUGCAACGAUUAAAAUGGGCUGCUGGAGCGAAUCCAGCUCUCGGAGAAGUAAUGUCCGCAUUCGAUAAUGCUGUUCUCGCUUCCUGCGAAAAAUUAACCCGGCAGCACAAUCUUGCAACCAACGUAAUCACUACGUGUAACUCUAUAUUGCACUAUGAAGCUUUAAGAACACGAACGUCCGAAAGUGUGACUCACGAUGCAAAUUUCGUCAAAUUGGUUAAGCAUUGGGAAGAAAGUUGCAUACUGACAAUGAAUUUGAACAUUACUGUAACCGCGAUAGAAGAGAGUUUAGUGGAGUUAUUGCAGAUGGAAAGUAACGUCGAUAUGAACUGGUUAAAGCAGGCAGAACGAUUUAUUUCCGAAGCAAUCCUUGACGUUCAGAAAAAACUGCAAGAAAAACAAGAAGGUCUGGUUGCCGCGCAAGAACAUUUAAGGGAACGAGUUUUAAGUCUGCAGAGAGUGUUGACCGAACACCAUAGACUGAUGUCAGAUGUUCGAAUUCUAUUACGUUCCAUGGUAAAGCAAGAAAAUAUUGACGGCUUGCAAGAAUUUCUGACUUCGUAUCGAUCUUUCACUGAAAGCAUCUCAGCAAUUGUCAAAGAACUUGAAUCUGAUAUCCUUGACGUAAACAAAGGUAGAGUAAUUAAGCAAGACUUGGAGAACAUGGCGACUACGGUGCCGAAUUUAUACAAUGAACUGUUAGAAUUUGCCAACGAAAAGAAAGUGAAUUCAACGAAGAUGCUUGAAAAACAGAAAGAGUCAGAAAAAGAGAAGGAAAGGGAUCGAGAAAGAGAGCAUGAAACUGAGGCUUCGAAUCUCGGUUCAAUGAAAAAGAAAGGAAAAUUGAUCAGGCAAGAAGGGGUGUGUUACAGUCCUAGAAAAGGAAUUCCCUUGGCUCGAGAUCCGACUACGGGAAAAGCUGUCCAGGAACGAAACGCCUAUGCGUUGAAUGUUUGGCAUCGCGUACGCAUGAAAUUAGAGGGAUGCGACCCACAUCCGAAUCGUAAAUACACGACAGCUGAACAGGUGGAAUACGUUAUACGUGAAGCUCAGAGUACCGAUAAUUUAGCCCUCUUAUACGAGGGUUGGACGCCAUGGGUCUGAACGAAAGCAGGUCGACGCGAUAGCGUCGAUGGUUCAAUGCUCGUUACACACGGUACUCGAGUUCGUACCGUUCUUCGCUCUACGCUCGACGGAGCCAGCUCUCUGUCCAACCAGGUGUGAAGUACACCUUCGUAUCACCUGGAAGAGAAAGUCUGUGUCCGCAAAGAUGCCGCGUGAAGUUCGGCAGCGCGCACUUACAUUCAGGGAAAUCCUUGCGCGAUCUGUGAUCCGCGAUCGAACUUCGAUUCUGGCACCGAUUCCAUGAUUAUCUCAAAAAUCUCUCGUUAACCAUGCAUACCAUGUACAGUCCAAUGAAAUUUCUUUUUCUCUAUUUGCUAUCCACGUAUUCUAUUUGUUCUCUUACUUGGAAUAACUUGUAUCAGAAAUCGUUGAUCAAAGUGUCGGAUUACCAUAUAGAUGAAAAAAAAGAUAGGGAUGCACUUAAUUGCAAAAUUAAUUUUUAUGGAUAAAGCGAAGUAUUUUAGCGAGCAAGUCAAAAGCCAACAAAGAAGAAAAAUGCAUAAAUGCUGGUAUGUUUAAACGUUGGCGAUAGAUUUGAGAAAAGCAUAGAAUCUGCCAUAUCUUUGGAAUAACGAGGCAACGACUGGAAGUUUAGGCAGCGAUGCGGAGAAGCUCGACGAUCAAUGCGUCGAUGGUGGCACUCGAAACUUUAACGAGAACAUCGGUGGUGACACGUUAACUGCCACAGACAUUCAUUCAUUCAUUAAUUCAUUCAAAGAAACGACCCUUCUCUUAACAAUUUAUAUAUCAUUUCUCUAAUUUUUUAGCAAACGUAUCGGUCGGUUGGUCGAAUUUUAUUGCCGUUCGCGUUCCCUUGUAGAUUUAUUUACAGUGAUUCCAGCGGGACCAAGAAUGAUAACGUUAGUAAAUUUCUAAAUUGUAACCACAAUUUGUCGAGCAAGAAAUUGGACGUUUUUUUACGUAUAAAUUAUCGCAUUCAACGUUUUUAUAUAUUUCCUUUUUAUCGCUGUUAUUUAUAGUGACACAAUACUUCUUCAAUUAAUUGGCAUUACAAAUGCUGGUUUCAUAAAAUAACAUUUAAUUUCUCUAUUUACACAAGUGCUAAAUUUUACGAUAUAACCGCUUCUUCGAAAUGAUUCUCUUUCUAUGUUCAACUGUCAUAUUAAAAGAAUAUUCUAAUAACGGUUGUAAUUAUCGAUCACCGAUCUACAAUAGUCCAGAAUAGAGAGAACGUUGAAAAAAAUGAUAGCGUUGCAAAUAUCCAGCGGAAAAAAUUUGUUCCUUUUUGUAUUUAAAAAAAUGUACGAUGAUGAAAGCAAAGGCUUGAUUUUCGGUUUUCUCUUUUUGUUUGUGAGGGGAAAAGGGGAGGGAGAGAAGGUCGCACUUUAUAAUCAAUAAAGAUUACGGUAUAUAUAAAACUAUGAAGAAAGAUGUAUUCCCUUCGGUUUAAUUACACUUUUGAAAAGCAUUCUUGUCUGCGAUUCAUUUACCGCACACCUCUUUUUACUGUACUAUUAAUUGUUUCCUCUCCUCUUUAACCAAAAUUCUUAGAUAAUUUUUCAAUUACUUUUACAUUAUUUUACCCGAAUUUUUUUCCAAUAUUCAUACAAUGUUAUAUUCAAAAUCCUUCCCCUCUUUCUCACGUUUUAAUCACUACUCUAAAAGAAUCAUCACACCUUACAUAGAAUAAAACUCUCAGUAAACGAACAAAUGUAAUUUUUUAAUAAAUCACAUUGUACUUCAAUUCUA